GGUGGAUCACCAACUGACGUCUCUCCCUCCCUCUCCACAGUUUCAAUUCAGUCAAAUCAUAGCUACCCGGCGGGCGGAGGUACACGCGUCUUCUCUCCAGGAGCAGCUUGCACCUUCCGUGGCCACUUUUGUACGCUCCGGAAAGCACGAGAACAUCUGGGGGGAGUCUUCUCCUUACCGAAAUUAGGUAACGUCAACGCAGCGGUAGACGAACAGCAGCGAACCCGAAAACACACAGAAAUGGACGAAAAGGCGUUUACGAAAGAACUUGACCAGUGGAUCGAGCAGCUCAACGAAUGUAAGCAGCUGUCGGAGGGACAAGUGAAAACACUAUGUGAAAAGGCAAAAGAGAUCCUGACCAAGGAGUCAAACGUCCAGGAGGUGAGAUGUCCGGUGACAGUGUGUGGUGACGUGCACGGCCAGUUCCACGACCUCAUGGAGCUGUUCAAGAUCGGAGGGAAAUCUCCAGACACAAACUAUUUGUUCAUGGGAGACUACGUAGACAGAGGGUACUACUCCGUAGAAACCGUCACUUUACUAGUAGCACUUAAGGUACGCUUCCGGGAGCGCAUCACAAUUCUCAGAGGGAACCAUGAGAGCAGACAGAUCACACAAGUUUAUGGCUUCUAUGACGAGUGCCUAAGGAAAUAUGGUAACGCCAACGUAUGGAAGUACUUCACAGACCUGUUUGAUUAUCUCCCCCUCACUGCCUUGGUAGACUCUCAGAUUUUCUGCCUUCAUGGAGGCCUGUCACCAUCCAUAGACACUUUGGAUCACAUCAGAGCACUGGACCGUUUACAGGAAGUGCCACAUGAGGGUCCCAUGUGUGACCUGCUGUGGUCAGACCCCGAUGACCGUGGCGGCUGGGGAAUCUCCCCUCGAGGAGCAGGCUACACUUUCGGCCAGGACAUCUCUGAGACUUUCAACCACGCCAACCGCCUCACUUUGGUGUCCCGUGCCCACCAGCUGGUUAUGGAGGGUUACAACUGGUGCCAUGAAAGGAAUGUGGUGACAAUAUUUAGUGCUCCCAACUACUGCUACCGCUGUGGCAACCAGGCAGCUAUCAUGGAACUAGACGACACCCUCAAAUACUCAUUCUUGCAGUUUGACCCCGCGCCUCGCAGGGGGGAGCCUCAUGUCACUCGCCGCACCCCAGAUUAUUUCCUGUAAAUUCUGACCCUUGACCCUUGUACAGCCAGGUCCAGUAUUGCCAUGAUGUAUGACCUUCAACUGAUAACAACGUGAAUGAGGAAAGGGAGGGUGGGAGACUGGGUGGGGUUGGGGGUGGGGGGGGGGGCUACACAGCAGUGCACAUUGUAUAUCCACACAAAGACCUAUUUAAGCAUUUAGCAAAAACAAUGUCUGUGUGUCUAUGAAUGGACCAAAAGGUGUGUGCCAUAAUCAUUACAAUAUUCAUUGCUGAGGACUCGUAUUGAACAAUCUCCCCCACCGUGUACAACAACAGUGAUGUUUCAAUCCCUCAUCCUGUCCCUGGUGUAGCUGGACCGACGGCACCGAGGUCCAAGAUGACAAAUUUGCUACUUCAGAUGCGGCUGUUUGAACCCCAUAUGCCAUGGCUUAUAUUUAGGAGAUAUGAACAUGAUCUGUUUGCACUUUUGUAAAUCUAAACAAAUGUAACAUAUGUCAAAAGAUGAAAAUUAUUUCACACUACAGAUGUUUUUUUUUUUUUUUCCUUUUUUGAUUUUUAAAAAAUUAAAAAUGAAGCCCCCAUCAGGCAAGUUUUACACAAGGUUUCUUUUCCCUGUGUAACCUCUAAGAAAAACCCUAUGCAGUCACACAGCUUGGUGUAUAUGAUAGACAGAUGAUGGAGUGUUCAUCCACAUCAACUCACUUAUUCGCUCUGCACUACAGAGUCUGUUAACCAAACCAUUUGAAUAAUAAAGACGAAGGUGGCUCCUUGAUGUGAA